GUCUUUACCUAUUGCCGGAGAUUUCAUCAUUCAGGCCCGUCCCGGCUCACCGGCGGUCCAUGCUUCUUAGAGCACUACCCACCUUGCUAAGAUCCGGCUCCGAGGCGACCGCCCUCCUGUUCACAUCGGGGCUCCGAGCCGCACUAAACUCGCUCUGUCCGCCACCAUUCCGGCUCCUCUCUACGUCCGUGCGCCUGUCAAAGAGGAAAAAGACAAAUCUUUGGCUGCAGCUAUCAGAAGGACGCAAUAUGGACGGCAGUAUCGAGGAGGUGCUGGCUCCACUGAGGGUGGCCGUGAAAGAACAGGGUGACUUGGUGCGUCGAAUGAAGGAGGAAAACGCACCCGAUGUAGACAUCAGCAAAGCAGUGGCGGAGCUGAAGGCUCGCAAGAAGAUGCUGGAGGCCAAGGAACUGGCGCUGCAGCCUAAAGAUGAUAUCAUUGAUCGAACCAAGAUGGAGGACACUCUGAAGAGGCGCUUCUUUUACGACCAGGCCUUUGCCAUAUACGGGGGCGUCAGUGGGCUGUACGACUUUGGACCUGUAGGGUGCGCUCUAAAGAACAACAUUCUCCAGGCGUGGAGGCAGCAUUUCAUCCAAGAGGAGCAGAUCCUGGAGAUCGACUGCACUAUGCUGACCCCAGAGCCUGUCCUGAAGACCUCCGGUCAUGUGGACAAGUUUGCAGACUACAUGGUGAAAGACGUCAAGAGCGGGGAGUGUUUCCGAGCUGACCACCUUCUGAAAGCUCACCUUCAGAAACUCAUGUCAGACAAGAAAUGUUCUGCAGAGAAGAAGGUUGAAAUGGAUCAUGUCAUCACUAAGAUGGACAAUUACACUCAGCAGGAGCUAGCGGACCUCUUUGUGAAAUAUAACGUCAAGUCCCCCAUCACGGGGAAUGACCUUACUGCUCCCAUCUCCUUUAACCUGAUGUUCCAGACCUCCAUCGGGCCGGGGGGGAAUAUGCCAGGCUACCUAAGGCCCGAGACAGCUCAGGGAAUUUUCCUGAACUUCAAGCGCUUGCUGGAGUUCAACCAGGGCAAGCUGCCCUUUGCCGCCGCCCAGAUCGGGAAUUCCUUCCGGAAUGAGAUCUCGCCCCGCUCGGGCCUCAUCCGGGUCAGGGAGUUCACCAUGGCAGAAAUUGAGCACUUUGUUGACCCCAACGAGAAGGUCCACCCCAAGUUCCAGAAUGUGGCCGAUCUGGACGUUAUGCUGUACUCAUCCAAAGCACAGACCAGCGGCCAGUCAGCCCAACUGAUGAGGCUAGGGGAUGCGGUGGAGCAGGGGGUCAUCAACAACUCCGUCCUGGGCUACUUCAUUGGAAGGAUCUACCUGUACCUGAUCAAAGUGGGUGUGGCCAAAGACAAGCUACGAUUCCGGCAGCACAUGGACAACGAGAUGGCCCACUAUGCCUGCGACUGCUGGGAUGCUGAGACCAAAACCUCCUACGGCUGGAUUGAAAUCGUAGGGUGUGCCGACCGCUCCUGCUAUGACCUGAAGUGCCACGCCCGGGCCACCAAGGUGCCCCUUGUUGCCGAGAAGCCCCUCAAAGAACCUAAAACUGUAAACGUGGUCCAGUUCGAGCCCAACAAGGGUGCCAUCGGCAAGGCUUACAAGAAGGAUGCCAAGCUGGUGAUGGAGUACCUGGCCGUGUGUGACGAGUGCUACAUCACGGAGCAGGAGAACAUCCUAAAUGAGGAGGGUGAAUUCACCAUCGAGACGGAAGGAAAAACAUUCAAGCUGACCAAUGACAUGGUUAGUGUGAAGAGGUUCCAAAAGACUCUGCAUGUGGAGGAAAUCGUUCCCAAUGUCAUCGAACCGUCCUUUGGCAUCGGAAGAAUUAUGUACUCUAUUUUUGAACAUACGUUCCGCGUCCGAGAAGGUGACGAGCAAAGGACGUUCUUCAGCUUCCCUGCCACGGUUGCCCCUUACAAAUGCUCCGUCCUCCCACUCAGCCAGAACCAGGAGUUCAUGCCUUUCGUCCGAGAGUUGUCUGAUGCUUUGACCAAAAAUGGAGUGUCUCACAAGGUGGACGACUCCUCGGGCUCUAUCGGGAGACGCUACGCCAGGACGGAUGAGAUAGGCGUCGCGUUCGGCCUCACAAUUGACUUUGACACGGUUAACAAGACGCCACACACAGCCACUCUGAGGGACCGUGACUCCAUGCGGCAGAUCAGGGCAGAGGUGUCCGAACUGCCCGGGAUCAUACGAGACCUCGCCAAUGGGGUCACCACGUGGGCCGACGUCGAGAACAGUUACCCCAUCUUUGAGGGCCAGGAGACAGGCAAAAAGGACAGUGAGGAGUAAAACCGUCAACUGUGGGGGCCCGUCAUUUUGGGGCCCUCACUGCAAGCGGUUGAUGUUUAUAUUCAUAUCAAAGGGAACAAUCUUAUCCCAGCUGUGAAGGCCAGCCUUCCCUGCCUCAUCUCAUGCCUGCCCUCACCACUGUCAGAAUAAAAUGAAUCAUUGAUAUGUAAUUGUGCUUUGUAUCUAAUAAACUUCCUACCCCCCC